AUGCAGCUCCUGGUGGUGUUAGCAGCUCUCAUGGGGGUUGUGUUCAGCGUUAGAGCAGCCGCUGUGUUUCCUGUGGACGACCGGAGCCCCAUCCAUAUGAACAGGGAGCUGAGCAAAGAGCGCAAGGAGCUGAUCCUGAAGCUGGUGUCCGGCUUGUUGGAUGGAGCCCUGGACACCAACAUGCUGCCGGGGGACGUGGCCCCUGUGGAUCUGGAGGAGCCGCUGGAGUCUCGCCUGGAGGAGAGGGCUGUCUACAACCGUCUAUCACUGCCUCAGCGCGACCGCAAAACCCCCUGUAAAAACUUCUUCUGGAAAACGUUCACCUCCUGCUAA